AUUAGGACUAGGUGAGGUGAGGGAUGGCAUAAUUCUUAGUGGAGGGGACUCCCUGGAGACCCCUUUGGUUGUUUUUUUUUACAACCCAUGUUCCAAACCCAGACUAUGGAACUUCCUGCUUGUCUUCAGGAUUUAAAGGAUUAAUUGUGGAAUAUUAAAAGCACAUUCAGAGUAGCAUUCAGAGUAGUGAGUGAUGGACCUGAUCUACUGGCGGGAGAUGGGCAGAACAGGGGUGGUGUUGACCGGGUUGGUGUUGGGGCUUCUCUGCCUGUUCCAGCUCAGUGCCAUUACUGUGAUUUCCACCAUGUCCCUGAGCAUCAUGUGCUUCACGCUCCCUGUCCGGCUGCUAUACAAGGCCCUGGAGCUGUUCCACUGGGGCAGUGGAGCCCACCCAUUCCAGUCUUACAUCGAGCCUGAUGCCAACCUGACAGAUGAGCAGACAAUAGUCUAUGUUCAGCAGAUUGUUGUCCUGACAGCCUCCGCCAUCACCAAAAUCAAGCAGCUGUUCUUUGUUGCAGAUCUGACCGACUCCAUCAAGUUUGUAGUGCUCAUGUACCUGCUGACCUACGUGGGGGUCCUCUGUAAUGGCCUCACCCUGCUGAUCAUUGGUGUGAUUUGUAUGUUCUCUGUCCCCCUUUUCUACAAACGACAGCAGGAACAGAUUGAAAAGAUUGGGACAGCAGUUUCCUCUCCAAUUAAAAAAAUUACAAACCUAAUUUGCUAUUUGGUUCAAAGGACCAAAUCUCCUCCUGUGCCAGCUCCCACAUCUACUCCAGGAUCCAAAACGAAAGCCAAGACAAAAUAGAUAAGAGAAGAAGAAUGGGUGGAGGAAUGUUAUGUAAAGGUUUUAAGAGCUAGAGUAAAAAGUGUUGCAUGUAAAAUUCUCUUAGUUGCUUAGUAAGGUUAGUUUGUUGUAUACCAAUACCAGUCUGAAAUCUCCAAGGGGACUGGUAAAGCUCCUGAAUUAACUGUCCUCUGUUUCUUAGCUACAGAUGGUUGGGAUUGGUGUUUCUGGUGUUAUUUUACAGUACAGAACCACAUUAUUGUAUUUCACCAUGCCCCAUAAUUAAUUUAUAUAAGUAAAGUCAAACUGGAGUGAUUCAGCUCCAUUUAAUGUUAAAAACACAGAGCUGAGUAUCUGGUUUGUUGUGUAAAAUCUGUCACAACGUUCGUGCUGGUAAUGAUCCUGCCUUGUUUUGCUGUUGUGCUUUUUAUUUUCAAUCCAGACAAAAUGUAUUCAGGUACAAUUUAAUAUUGUAUAAUAUUUAUAAAUAUAUGUAGGGCUGAUACCCCUAUAUGAUGAUACCUUUCAAAAUAUCUUGCUCUUAAUUAAGCAAUUAAUUGCCCCUUGACUCAAUGGAGGGGACUUUUACUGUACUGGUGCUUCAAGCUGUAUCAACCCACUAAACCCUGAUGGAAUAGAUGAGUCAAAAAGCAGCGGUCCCAUUCAAAUGUUGCGACUUGCAUGAUUGAGAUUGAAUAGUUGAAUUAUGUACACAAAAACAUUUGUUUCCCUCGUAAUAAAUGUUAAAUUAUUGGAUAAAAUAAAAUACAAAAGUGCCAUUGUAAUGUAA